AUGUCCAAGGCCGAGUUUUACUAUGAUGUCAAGGGCGAGGGGGAGCAUAUUCUCGCUCUUCCCGACACAAGACAAAUGGCGUAUGCGCAGAAUAGGCCACCCGAUACUAGAAUAGUCGCCUUAUUCUUCACUGGUGUUCCGAGCGUCGGUAGCGCGGUGCAAGUACCAACGCCAUGCCAGAAGCUCAGUGUGCACUGGGUUGCACCAACUCUGCCGAAUACAGGGGGGAGCAGUCCCGGUAAGAAGUCGAACUCAUACCAUGCUUUCCAGCUGAGUGAGGGCGUGAAUGCACUCCUCUCACUCCUUUACCACACGUGGGAUUUUGACCACCUUUACAUGGCUGAUAUCUGUUUCGGUACAGUGCCCGCUCAAUUGCUCUAUGGAGCCUCCUACGAAAUGUUCCCGCGUCACGUAAGCCGGCGCCAUGCGGACGAGGUGUCCCGUGGUUCCCAUACGACUCCGAGGAUGUGUUCCUCGCCGAGUCUUCCACCGUCGGCAGACUGUUCGCCAGAAGCAAGUGCAGUAGAUGGCGUCAGUGGCUCCGGGGAUCGCCUGUCACGGGCCUUGUCUUACACCAGGUCGGCUCGCACAGAGAUGUUCAAACGCAAUGCAGCCUCGCGGACGUUAAGAGCGCGAGAGAGCGGGCAUUUGACUUCUGAUUCGUAUCAGCCUACUCACUAUGAGAAUACUAGCGCCGGUGUCAACUCGGGCAAUCUGCACACGGAAGGAUCAGCUCUGACCCCAGAGUCGAGCUACCAGCUUCUUUGUGAGACUCAGCCAAAGCAGAAGCCGGUGGACCCAUUGACAUCUGCACCUUAUCUGACAAUGGUAGAAGUCGCCAUUCAAGCUCAGGACCAGAGGCACUCUCAGCCGGGUGUGGCACAUGUGCCGGGAGAUCAUCGCGACACGAUGGAGCUUGAUCUAUCCAUUUCUCGGCAAACGAAAGAAAAUCAAGGGCAUGGCUCACAGCUCGAGGCCCCUCAAAGGCCCAUCUUAUCGAGCAGCACAGCCAAAUCGAGCGCUUCCAAUACCACCGACAUGUUUAAACAGCCCGACACAAACCCCAUUACAGAAGAUCAGUUGGUCAAUGAGGUGCGCAUGAUUUACGCAGGUCUCGUGAUGGUCGAAAGGAAAUGCUGCGAAGUUGACAAGCAGCAAAUGGAGUCGAAUGCCACAUUGACCCGCCCUCAAUGGCAAGCGUUGAUCUCUUUGCAUCGGACCUUGCUCUCUGAACAUCACGACUUUUUUCUCGCCUCUCAACACCCCUCCGCAAGUCCAGUACUGAAACAACUCCCCGCGAAAUAUACAAUGCCCGGCCGCAUGUGGCGCCAUGGCAUCCAAUCCUUCCUGGAACUGUUUCGGCGGCGACUGCCUGAAUCGAGGGAAUUUUUGCUGAAUUUUCUGUACAUGGCAUACUCCAUGAUGACAUUGUUGCUGGAGAGCGUACCCGCCUUUCGUCAUUUCUGGAUCGAAUGCCUGGGCGAGCUGGCGCGGUAUCGAAUUGCCGUGGAGCCGUCCGACGCGAGAGAGCGGGAGCUUUGGGCUGGAGUCUCGCGGCAUUGGUACGCGGAAGGUGCAACCCACAGUCCUGGCGUGGGGCGCUAUCAAUAUCAACUUGCAGUCUUGGCCCGUCCCGACAUGCUUCUCCAGCUUUAUCAUUACACGAAAGCACUCGUCUCCGCUCAACCAUUUCCCAGGGCGAGCGAAGGUCUCAAAAGUCUUCUCUACCCAUUCGAUCAACCGAUCGCCCCACAGCCGCCCUCCUUGCUGGGCUUAUUUCUAUCUGUUCAUAACACUUUAUUCAAGCAACGAUCAUCCGAGCGACUGUCAGACUAUCUAUGGAAAACAACAUACCGAAAUCUCGUUCUGCCGAUGAUCAAAUUUCUGCAAUCUUUGCAGGAACAUGCGCAAGGCAAGAAUUGGCAGGGCCAGAUGGGGGCGCAAAUCAUGUCUUGCAAUUUUGCGGCUGUCCUUCAAUACGGCGAAGCGGGAACUCCGAUUAUGAAAGAGUUCAAUCAAGCCAAAGAUCUUGGGGCAGUCGAGGAAGCUCGACACUACGCGACGAAUCUUUGGCAAGACAUCACGAGCCGUGGCGAAAUCUCCUGGUUCAGUGUCGAGGACGUCGUGGCAGGGGUGCCUGAUCGCUUUUCAGCGGCAGACAAGCAGGCCAGCGCACUUGCUUUCCACUCGUUAUCCGUUUUGCUGGACCAAGAACUCGAAAGCUCCAUGUGGCCCAGUGUUCAUGUGUCCUUGGCUUUCAUCUGGAAUCUCGCUCUGCGUCCGUUGGGCAUGCAACGGGUCGAGUCGGUCAUUCCAUGGUCCAAGCUUGUGAGAUUCCUCAACGGUCUCACUCGUCUCAAGACGGAUUUCAACAAGAUUGAAAGCUCAAGGUUCCCUCUGGAGGAGGGCGACAUGCGCUAUUUGCAGGAAGACUUUGUCAUUGGUGGGCAGUCUUGGGCCCACUUUUAUUACCCUGAUGGAUUCUUCGACGAGGCUCCCUCGGAGGACGAAAUAUCAAACUCGCCUUCCUUUCUCCAUAUGUCUUCCCGCCAGCACAGAUGUCUCUGGCUCGGGGUGCAAAUUGCACAGCUUGGUCUUUGGAUCGAAUACAAACAUCCCAGAUUUGAGCUCACAAAGCGCGCGUGUGACCUGGAUGCGUCGGCAGUUCUCGACAUGCCAAUGAAUGACGGAAUUGGAUGCCCCCACCUCAGCAACAUGGGCCUGUGCGACUGA